AUGAGCUUGGGUGUUCCAUCCACAGUGGUAUGUAUAACAACUUGUUAUCACUAGAUUUUAUGUUAACAUAAUGUGAAAAUGUUUCUUCUUACUUUAAUUGGUUCAGAAAUCCGAAACUGGACGAGUUAAAGUGGCUCUGGCACCCGAUAGAAGUCUUAUGGCAUGGGUAAGGUUAUCAGAAAGCGAAGAUUUGGCUAGCCAAAAGUUGAUGUCAGUUGAUGAUGAGGAACUAAAACAACAUAAUCGAAUAGAAGAUUGUUGGAUAGUGCUGUUUGGAAUGGUAGGUUUAUUUUAUUAUACGUUUUUUUGUAGUUUUAGGUCUGAAUCAAUGGUUUAUGCAUUUGUUUAUUUGGUUAUUCAGCAAAUUACUUGAAAUUAUAUUGAUUUAGAUGCACUUUUUUAUUUUGAAGUAGUAGUGCAGUAUUGUGCUAUUUUAAGUGUAUUCAGUUAUAAGAAGCCAAUUAAAGUAUAAGUUUGACAUUUAGGUAUACGACGUUACGAGGUAUCUAGAGUUCCAUCCAGGUGGAGUAGACGAGAUCAUGCAGGUAGCAGGAGGAGAUGGCACGAGGUUAUUUCAAGAAGAACAUGGAUGGGUUAACUAUCAGAACAUGCUCAAGAGUUGUAUAGUGGGGCCUUAUCGGAAAAGUGAGAUGUUUUAAUAUUUUUGCAUUUUUAGGUAACAAAAUUGUUAAAAAUAGAGCUAAACGGUGCCUGUGACGGUUUUUAAAAGUUUUGAUUAUUUUUUCUUUAAAAAAGGGUAAUGUUAAUAAUGUAUAACCUAAUAUAAAUCUCUGUGGUUUCAGGUAGCUAA